AUGUUCAUUACGGUACAAUCAAUCAUUCUUUGGGGGCCAAACAAAGGACAGAAUAUCAUUUCUGGUAAUUUCAAUAAUACCGGUACCGAUUAUGGAAAUAGAAACGCUGAUAUCGUACACCCACUUGAAAUUAACAAUGAACUGAGUGCCAUUGAGAACGACAUAUAUUGCGUAGUACGGAACGGUCGAAUAUAUGUAAACGGGAAAUAUAAGCGUAUCAUGGAACCAAACGAUUAUUCAAAUUUGUAUCAAUACAAACAGGGUGUUGCAAGAUGGUCUGCGAGUCUUACCGAUCAUAUACAACUGAGUUUUCCAUGGGAUCCUAGAAAUCCGCAACAUAAUGAAUUUCCAUGGAAUCCUGCAGCCUUUCCGGGGAAAAGACGUCGACGAGCAGUUAUACCUUUUCCACCUUUGCCAUCGUUUUGCUAUGAGUAA